AGUGUACCAACCAGUCUUGUUUUUUUUGUCUCUGUGUCACUCACGCCGGAAUUAAACAGAACGUGUUGGGUUGAAAGAGAGAAGACGGGACGAGAGAAUUAAAUCUCCUCACCAUUGACUCCGCUAUCUUUUUUUUGAAUUUAUUGACAUUUUUAAAAGCGAACGUUUCUCCUCUUCCUCCUCCUAUUCAUAUGGAAAGCAUUUUCAUUUCAUUUCGCCAUGUUUUCGCUAAUAAGUUCAAUGACAUAGAGAGAUAGAGUCAUAGAGAGAGAGAGAGAGCUCUCUUCUUCAGUUCUUCGAUUCUUUCGGCGCAAGUUUUUUUUUUUAUUCGAAACAUCCAUAGCCAAAAACAAACUCUGACAAUGUCUAUGGUGAGUUUGUAUCGGAGGUCCCUUACCUCCCCUCCCGCGAUUGAUUUCGCUUCUGUUGAAGGCAAGCAAAUCUUCAAUGAAGCGCUUCAGAAAGGCACUAUGGAAGGAUUUUUUACGCUCAUGUCUUAUUUUCAGACUCAGUCUGAGCCUGCCUUUUGUGGCUUAGCUAGUCUCUCUAUGGUUUUGAAUGCUCUCUCUAUUGAUCCAGGGAGAAAAUGGAAAGGGCCUUGGCGGUGGUUUGAUGAAUCUAUGCUGGAAUGUUGCGAGCCCCUGGAGAUAGUCAAGGAUAAAGGCAUUUCAUUUGGCAAAGUUUUUUGCUUGGCUCAUUCUUCUGGAGCUAAAGUUGAAGCUUUCCGCACUAAUCAGAGCACUAUUGAUGAUUUCCGCAAGUUAGUGGUCAAAUGUUCCACUUCUGAUAAUUGUCAUAUGAUCUCAACAUAUCAUAGAGAACUACUCAAGCAGACUGGAACAGGCCAUUUUUCACCCAUUGGUGGUUAUAAUGCUGAAAGAGAUAUGGCUUUGAUUCUUGAUGUCGCUCGUUUCAAGUAUCCUCCUCAUUGGGUUCCUCUUAAACUUCUUUGGGAUGCCAUGGACAGUAUUGAUCAGUCAACUGGGAGACGUAGAGGGUUCAUGCUUAUAUCAAGACCCCACAGAGAACCAGGAUUGCUCUAUACUCUAGUAAGUCCAACCAAAGUCAUGUAUCUAUUUGUAGUUGCUGCUGCUAUUAUAAUAAACUUUUCUUUCAAAUUCGACUAUNCUGAGCCUGCCUUUUGUGGCUUAGCUAGUCUCUCUAUGGUUUUGAAUGCUCUCUCUAUUGAUCCAGGGAGAAAAUGGAAAGGGCCUUGGCGGUGGUUUGAUGAAUCUAUGCUGGAAUGUUGCGAGCCCCUGGAGAUAGUCAAGGAUAAAGGCAUUUCAUUUGGCAAAGUUUUUUGCUUGGCUCAUUCUUCUGGAGCUAAAGUUGAAGCUUUCCGCACUAAUCAGAGCACUAUUGAUGAUUUCCGCAAGUUAGUGGUCAAAUGUUCCACUUCUGAUAAUUGUCAUAUGAUCUCAACAUAUCAUAGAGAACUACUCAAGCAGACUGGAACAGGCCAUUUUUCACCCAUUGGUGGUUAUAAUGCGGAAAGAGAUAUGGCUUUGAUUCUUGAUGUCGCUCGUUUCAAGUAUCCUCCUCAUUGGGUUCCUCUUAAACUUCUUUGGGAUGCCAUGGACAGUAUUGAUCAGUCAACUGGGAGACGUAGAGGGUUCAUGCUUAUAUCAAGACCCCACAGAGAACCAGGAUUGCUCUAUACUCUAAGUUGUAAGGAUGAGAGCUGGAUCAGCAUUGCAAAGUAUUUGAAGGAAGAUGUUCCUCGUCUUGUAAGCUCACAACAUGUUGAUACUAUUGAAAGAAUCUUAUAUGUUGUAUUCAAGUCACUUCCGGCAGAUUUCAGCCAGUUUAUCAGAUGGAUGGUUGAGGUUCGAAGAAUAGAGGAUUUUAAUCAAAAUCUCAGCUUAGAGGAGAAAUCAAGGCUCGACUUGAAGCAAGAGUUGCUGAAACAAGUGCAAGAAACUAAACUGUUCAAGCAUGUGGAUAAGUUUCUAUCCUCUGUGAAUUACGAAGAC